CGCGCCGGUUGAUGUGCUUGUCAUCUUGCGAUUUUUCGAGUAUGUAAGAAAAAUAAUCAUUAAACUGUGAAUCAAUUGUUGUCAAAUGUUUUUUGUCUUAAGACGUUAUCGGAAAAUGCAAGUAAGACAUAUGUGAGUAUAUUGCAAUAAUCGCACGAUGUCUUCUACGUACACGUAGUGUGAUUCUUUACUGUGCGUUCUGCGAUCAGCAAUUUUUCAUGUGUGUAAGAAAAGGGAUUGAAUUUUGACUCAAGAAUAUUGCCGAGUUACUUCGUGAAAUUCUAUCGGAAAAUAAAAAAAGAAUACACAUACAUGAAUAUAUCGUGAUAUUUUUAAAUUGCUAGUUAACUUGUGCCAACCAAUGACGUAAAGCCAAGUGCGAGUGAAAGAAAGUACAAUUGAAACCGGAAAACAGUUGAAAACGCAUUCACAACGUAUCAUUAUACAAUGGCGUAUGUCCGAAACGAUAAAUUUGACAAGUGUUAGUUAGUUAAAUGAAAAAGUGUGAAAAUCGAAAGUGCGUGCAAUAUAAAACUAUUCUGGAAUCUACGUUCCAUGGGUUCACGAGGAUGAUCGAGGGAAUGAAUGAGAAAACAUCUAGCGCUGAUAAGGCUAAGAUAUGAUGCAACCGAUGCAAUAGGAUUGUCGCAAUAAAUCAUAUCAUUUAUUUAUUUAUUUGUUCAUAAAUUGCCGCAUGCGUAAUCGUCAGAACGGACUAAGAAGAGCGGGCAUCGUCGUCAACAUGGCGGACGGCGAUUUGUUGGUCACUAUUUCAGGUGCAGCGCUUUCGCUGCUUUUCUUCGAAAAUGUGCGCAGCGUCGGUGAUCAGGUGGGUUUUCUCCUUGGAGAGGCGCUCGAAUACGUCGUCAAGACUUACACUGACUCCGAUAAUCAAGUGGAAACCGUCAAAAUUCAUAUUAAUGUGGAGACUAUCGUGACGUACCCUAUGUCUGAUCUCAUGCAUUCCUUUCCUCGGAUCGAUAAGGAAAAGCUGAAAGACUUUAUACGUGACAAAAGCAAGCAAGUGAUUGGCUGGUUUCAUUUUCACAGAAACAGUAACAGUUUGACUCCUACAUUAAGGGAUAAAGUGCUGCAUAAACAGUUUGCUUCAUACUUCUCUGUAGAAAACGGUUGUAAAGAAGAAUUCUUUCUUACUUGCCUUCUUAGUGCCUCUACUUCCGAGACACGAGGCACCCACAAAUUUCGACAUGUGUUCCUUAGACGUAAUCGAGGGAUACUCGAACCGGUAUCACUAAGAAUAAAUAAUCUUGGCGAUGACGCAUCCAGACACGAUGGCUCAGAUUACAAACCAACACCCGUUAGAAAAUCUGCACGUGAAUCUGAUAGCUUCACCGAACUGAUAAAAUCACUAAAUUUGGACAUGACAAGGAUAGGUGGCUUAGAUUCCGCUAUGAAAAUUCAGAAAGCCGCUGAACAUCAUUUGAUGUCGCUGAUUCCGAAAGUGUGUGAAUCAGACAUGGAGGUGACCGAAUUAGAAAAACAAGUCCACGAAUUGAAAGCCAUAAUUGCAGCGCAGCAAUUGGCCAAGAAAUCUAAUGUCAAUGGUGAGAACUGUGAGAGAACUAAGACAAGCAGAGAAAAUUGCAUUUCAGAGAAAAUCAAUCUUUUGAUGAAAAAUGAAAUCAAAAUCGGCGAUGGUGGGCGUCUCCAAAGAGAGCACAUGCCGUCCUGCGCUCAAGCAAACACCAAUAGUCGAAUUUCCCACCGCAAUACCGCCGCCUAUCUCAGUAACAGUUUAAACCAGGAGAAAAUACGCCGACGAGGACGCGGCAUUCCGAUGGAGGGUAGCAAACAACAGCAGAAUACACUGGACCCUUUUGUCACCAACAGCAAGCGUUCUAUACCAGAAAUUGCUACCGAAUCAAUAUGUCAGGAAGGUUGUGAGGCAAGCAUAGGUAGGGGUAGAGGCAGCGGUCGGAGCAACCAUGAAUUCGUACCUGGAAUGAAGAACGCGCGAUGCGUUCCAAGCACACAGAUGCAGUCGUCAUCUCCCGAACAAGAUUUUUCCGACGCAGAGAGUCCCAAUGUCAUACCGGCCAGUCCCCCUCUUCACAGGUCCUACAGUCAGGCGACAAAAAAGACAAAUGUGGACAAAGGCAAUACAAUGGCAUCAUUGGAUAUUUGAGUGUAAGAAUUAAGCUCUGCAGAAAUUGCGCUUUCAGACUCUCUCAAAUUUCAGAUAUAUUAAAUAAAUCGAAGAUCUGAAAGAAUCUGAAAGAAUAUAAAGGUAAGGAAGAAAUUCCAAUGUCAUAAAAAGCGCGAAAUCAAGGAAAAUUGAAGAAAAUCUGAAGAAAACUGCGCUUGUGAAUUUUGAGAGAGAGAUGCAAUUGACUUAAUGAUUAGAAGCGAUUUUUGUAUCGAUUAUUCUAUUUAUAGGUGCCUUAAAUUCCACACAAAAAUUUGAGAAACCUUCAGAGUUAAAAAAAAAAAAUUAUGCAUUUUAUUAUUUUAUGUUUAUCAUUCUAUAUUGUUUAUCGUGCCAUUGAGUUUCCGUACGGAAUGAACAUGUUUUGCUAUAAAGCGAGUAUAAACUUUUAAUUACUAUUUGAUUAUUAAAGAUACUUUGUAAAUAAAAAAACGCAAA